UUUAAGUCUAUCUCCCAAGAAACCCAUUUUGAACUUUCGGGAGUUGAAAUGAGGUUUUGCCGAAAUGGCCACUAUUUCUUACUGGCCCUGAAUAUCAUCUUUGCAUCCAUUGCAAUAUCAGUCGGAGAUGAUGUGGGACAACAGCGAGUGCAACCUGAAUCUCAUCUGUAUUCUCAGGAGGUUCAAGAGAUCGCCGAUCGACUUCGCGCUGAAUAUAAUGCUGCCAUUGCCAGCUCCCCGUCAAAGUAUCCCCACCAAGUGAGCGGCAGCUAUGCCGAACAGUAUCGCACCUCCGGCAGAGGCUGUGGCGAUGCUGGCUGCGCCACUUCAGUUACAUCAAAGGUCACCCAUUCCUCCAACUUUGACGCUAAAACCCAGGCCGAAGUGGAUGCCAUGGCGAAGGAAAUGGCCCAGGAAAUCAUCAAAGACAUGCAGACAGGCAAGCUGCAAUACAGUCAGAUUUCGCAGCCCAACUGGUUCGAGCAAAGAGCAGCCCAGGAGUUGGAGGCUGUCAACAGCGGCAUAAGGCAGUCCCAAUCCCAGAGCCAAUCCCAAUACAUGGGCUCUUCGGGUAGGUACCAGCAGCAGCAACAGCAGCAGUCGAGCUACGGGUCCUACUACAAGCCACAGUCGAGUUAUGUGUCACAGACCAACAUUCACGACUCAUCACACACUGUCGUCACUCAUCGGCCGCAAGUCACCUCCGCCCGUCAUCACGUCUAUGAUCAUCUCUACGAGGAGCGCUUGCCAAAUUACCAACAGCCGCACAUGAUUCACACCAACAUCGAGAAUGACUAUGGUGACACUCAAGUUCAGCAGCAGAUUUUCAACCAAGAUGGCCACACUUAUCAUCGCGUCCCAAUCGUCAUUCGCCCAGGAUCCGGAUCAGUUCAGGUCAACUACACCGUCAGCACAUAUAAUCGCAGUGCUGAUGGCGCCAGAGGCACUCCGAACACCCACGUUCUCACCUUCAACAGGAAUUUCACCGAAGAGAACAAAAGAGAGCAAAUCCAGUCGAUUCUCGAAGAAAUUACCAGACUCAAUAAGAGCCAAUUGCAUGGGAUAGACAAUCUACUCUCGUCCUUGGUCAUCGAGAUCGACGACACAAACCUCGAGGGCAAUAAGCAAGAGAUUCAAGAGGAAAUCUACAAACUUAUACAACAAAUUAGAAACCAAACGUCUUACAACACAGCUUGGCAUUAUCCAUAUUCUGGAAAUCGGGUCACUGAAGAGGAUUUGCUUUAUCAAGAAGUUCAAGAGCUCAUAAGGAAUUUCUCACAUAUGAUGAGAACUCCAGAGCCUAGACCACAAAACACCCUCUCGACCUACAUUAUGUCCAUUCAACAUUCUCUAAGCGAGGAGGAACGUCGCACUCAAUCUAUCGUCAUCCAAGAGGAGAUAAAGCGCUUAACAGAAGACAUCAGAACUUGGGUCAAUCGUCAGGGUGUCAGUGAAGAGCAGCGAAGGUAUGAAAUCUUCGCUCUCCAGCAAGAAGUUGAUAGACUUCGACGAAUCUUAACUGAAUGGAAUGUCCAACAAUUCGUUCCAACGGCAAAUGUUGGUCAAGUUUCCUCCCACAUCAUCCAAAUUGAACACACUCUCAACCAAGAGGAAAAACAAAGACAAACGGCUAUUAUUCAAGAGGAGAUUGAGCGACUCAGACACGAGAUGGAAAGGUGGCAAAGACACAACACAGGAAAUGCCCAACAACGUCAGCAGCAGAUAAAUUCGAUCUGGAAAGAGAUCAACACCCUCAAUCAUAUUAUAGAGGAUUGGAAAUCCAAUCAGGUGAAUUAUCAGGAAACUCCAUUGUCCACUUACAUCGUCACAAUAGAGAAUACUUUGACUGAACAGGAAAAGAAUGAGCAAACUCAAGUGAUUCAGGAUGAGAUCCGAAGACUCCGUCAUGAGAUGGAGCACUUCAGCAGGAUGUCCACGGACAAUGAACACAGGCGCCAAGAUCAGAUUCUUGAGUGUCGUCAGGAAAUUAAUAAACUCACGAGAAUCAUUGAGGACUGGAAGGCAACAAAACCCACCUUGACGCCUGAGAAUCAGCUCUCCACUCACAUCAUCACCAUUGAGAACAACUUGACUGAAGAGGACAAAUCUUAUCAGAGUCAAGUCAUCAACACUGAAAUCCAGAGACUAAGAACUGAGCUGGAAAGAUGGAAACACUUGCAACACGUCAAUGAGGAUAAGAGGACAGAUCAGAUUAAUCUCAUACGGCAAGAGAUCAACAAACUCACGGAGAUCAUUGAAGAGUGGAAAGAAACUAGAGCCACUUUGCAGCCUGAGAAUCUCAUGUCUCAGCAUAUCAUCACCAUUGAAAAAACCUUCACUGAAGAGGACAAGGAGCGGCAAUCAGUUCAGAUUCUGACUGAAAUUGAGCGCCUUCGCCAAGAGCUCGAGCGCUGGAAGCAAUUGCACCAUGUCAAUGAGGACAAGCGAAUGGAUCAGAUAAAUCUUAUUCGCCAGGAGAUGAAUAAACUCACUGAGAUUGUUGAGGAGUGGAAAGAGACUCGACCAACUAUUGUUCCGGGCAAUCAACUCUCCCAUCAGAUCAUCACUAUUGAGAAGUCCUUCACAGAAGAGGACAGAAGUCGGGAAAAUGCAGUGAUUCAGGAAGAGAUAAAUCGUCUGCGUCAGGAACUCAAUCGAUGGUCUCAUAUGCAGAAUGUCCAGGAAGAAAAAAGACAGAGUCAAAUAGGAUUGAUUAAGAAUGAGAUUAGCAAACUCACAGAAAUUGUCGAAGAAUGGCGGGAAAGUAGACCAACAAUCACUGAUCAGAAUAGACUCUCCACGCAUUUCAUCAAGAUUGAAAACUCCUUGAAUGAGGAAGAGAAGGUGGAACAGAACAGUGUCAUUCAGCAAGAGAUUGCUCGCCUCCGAGAAGAGCUGCAAAAGUGGACGAGGCUUCAUCAUGUUAAUGAGCAGGAAAGGCAAGAUCAAAUUCACUUGAUUCGACAAGAAAUCAAUAAACUUUCCGAAAUUGUGGAGCACUGGAAGGAGACUCGCCCCACACUGACAGCACAGAAUCAGCUCUCCACACACAUUGUUACGAUCGAGAGGAAUCUAACAGAAGAGGACAAGACGCACCAGACAAGAGUGAUUCAGGAUGAAAUCAAUCGCUUGAGGCAGGAAUUGCACAGAUGGACUCAGAUGGCGAAUGUCAAUGAAGAAAGACGUCAGGAUCAGAUACUCAUGAUCAGAACGGAGAUUAAGAAGCUCACGGAAAUUGUUGAGGAUUGGCGACAAACCAGACCAACUCUUACUGUUGAAAAUCAGCUUUCCACACAAAUCAUCGUCAAGGAGAACACCAUGACAGAAGAGGAAAAAGUACAACAAAGCGCAGUGAUUCAGGCAGAGAUUCAGAGACUUAGGCUGGAAUUGGAGCGCUGGAGGAGACUCCAGAAUGUCAACACGGACAAGCAACAUCAGCAAAUCACAAUGAUCCAGGAAGAAAUUCAACGCCUUACUGAGAUUGUCAAUGAUUGGAAUUCCAGUCAGAUAACCAUCAUCCCAGGAAAGCAAAUGUCCCUGCACAUCAUUUCCGUGGAGAACACAUUGACAGAGGAGGAUAAGCGUCAACAGACGGGAUUAAUCCAAGCAGAGAUCACGAGGCUUCAGCAGGAAUUAGAGAGAUGGAAUCACUUGACUCAUGUGAACAAUCAGAAGAAGCAACAGCAAAUCUUCGCCAUUUGGCAGGAAAUUAACGCGCUGACGAGGAUCCUCGAGGACUGGAGAAGCACUCAAGUGCCUGGACCUGAAAAUCUCCUCUCCACUCACAUCAUAGCCAUUGAAAACACACUCACUGAGGAUGAGAAGCUCCUGCAAACAGUGAUUAUUAAGGAUGAAAUUGCUCGACUGAAGGAUGAUCUCGAGAAAUGGACGAGAGCCACUACAGAAAAUCAGGAAGUGCGACAGAGAGAAAUGUCAUGGAUUCGCUUGGAGAUUAACAAGCUGCAGGAAAUUCUCAAAAACUGGCAAUUGACAGAAUCUCAGAAAUCUGGAGGUCUUCUAUCGGCCCACAUUCUUUCUAUAGAGCACACUUUAACUGAGGAACAGAAGCAGCGUCAGGUCAUAGUAAUUAAGGAGGAACUGGUGAGACUCAGACAGGAACUGGAUAAAUGGAAGCGUCAGGGAAAUAUCAAUCGUGAGGAUAGAGAACAGCAAAUCUUCUGGAUUCGCCAGGAGAUCAACAAGCUUAAUGAGAUUCUGGCCAAUUGGAAGGCUAAGGAUGCAAUUGGAAGUGGAGGUCAACUUUCCACCUAUAUCCUCUCCAUCGAGCACUCCCUGACUGCUGAGCAGAAAGAGGAUUACGUCAAAAGGAUAAACGAGGAAUUGGCCAAACUCAACAGAGAACUGCAGUCGUGGAAUCUCCAUCAGGGAAAUCAAGUUGAAAAGCAGACCAAUAUGGGAUUGAUUCAGGAGGAAAUUCGAGUGCUCUCAAAGAUCCUCGAAGAUUGGAGGUUAGAGAAAAUCUCACUGGACUUCAGCAAACUCUCUUCUCACAUUCUUAUUCUGGAUCACACGCUGACUGCUGAGGAGUUGGAACAGAGAGAGAAAUUAAUAAGGCAGGAUAUCAGGAGACUCAGAGGAGAGUAUCAGAAGUGGUCCAGUCAGAGGAAUAUGGAGGAGAGCGAGAGGCAGCGUCUCUUGCGAUACAUUCAGCAGGAGAUUGACCUCCUCAACCACAUUUUGGAGGAAUGGCAACGCCGAUCCAACAGUGUCACUCUUCUGUCCCAGUUCAUUCGUUCAAUCGAACAGAGACUCAACAAUGAGAGCAAGUACUUCUACUCCCUCUUGAUCAUUCAGGAAAUUGAGCGCCUCCAGCGCGAGGGUGCACGCUGGAACAAGGCUCAUGAGAGUGAGAGGCAAUCCUUGUGGUAUAUCGAGUCCGAUCAUGGAAACACUGGCUUCCAGGAUGUCAAGCAAAGACAACUCCGGCUGAUGCACGAUGAGGUUCACAGGUUGGCUCAAAUUCUCAGGGAGUGGGGAUGGAGAAAGACCACUGCCGGCCGAUGGAUUCACCCCAUCUACACACAGUACACUGACUUGGGCAGCCGAUAUCCCACUGUCUUCAUCCACAACAAGAAUGGAUCCGGUUCCCAUCGUCCACCACAGAAUCCCAUCAACAAGAAUCGCGGAGAUCAGCCGCCGCAGAUGUUUGAGGAUGACUACUUCUCCGAGGAGGAUCUUGAAGUGGAACCGGGAAUUGGAUUGUAUCCUGUGAAGCCUGAGAUUCAACUCCAAACCACACUGGCUCCUAUUAGACUACCUCCUCCGCAACCCAUUCCCGUGGUGGUGCCCCAGAGCCAGCGAGAGUACAGAAGGAGGGAGUACAAGAAGACAACUAUCACGACCAAUCAGCAGGUUGUUCCGCAAUUUCAAUUAUCUGCCUCAGCCAGUGCUUCGGCUUAUGGAGGGCAAAGUCAAUUCCCUUCCGGAUGGGUAACUCCCAGAAUUGCAGCCCAGGAUGGAAACUAUGAUCAUUUGGAAAGCAUGGCCCACACCCAGACACAAGCUUCAGCCAGGGCGACAAGAUUCAAUCGUCAAGGAGUCACUGGACAGGAACCCAGAGGCGAGGAACUUGAUCUGCAACAGCAGACAAUUGAUUGGUCAGAUGACACGGAGGAUUUGAGUCAGAAAUAUCAGAAUCCUGUGGAAUAUGAUGAGGAUCUUCAGGCGGUGGUCAAGGAAAUCACACAAACCACAACCACGGAGACUCCUGGAUUUUGGAAGCGACUCGGCGAGAAGGCCAAGAGUGUUUUCGGUUGAUUUGUAGUGUGCAAAAUAAUUCUUGUGCUUCAUCAACUAAUGAGCAUUAUUGAGUAAUUAAUAAAGUUUAUACUAAUGAUGUCCGGAACACUCACCUCGCCCAGGGAGUGGAAGAAUUUGAUGAAAUUCCUCUGCUGAAUUUUGUCUGUAAUACAUUUCGGUACAAGAUUUAAAACCACAAUUCUUUCUGCAGAAAGACAUUGAAUUUAGUACAUACCGAGAUUCAAAGGGUGCAGAGGCUUCACAUUAGCCAUUGUGCGUGGAAAAAUCACUUAAGAUAGCGUAAAUACAAGAUAAA